AUGACGCUGUUGGAUGCAGCCUCUGGCCUGGCUGUUCUGCCAUCAGCGCCGUCAUGUUGGUACGAUCCAGACCAUUGUCCAGCCUCAAUGCCUUGGAAAGAGCGCCAGAUGAAUGGAUGCUUCACUUUUGAGAUGUGCUGCAUAUUCGAUGGGUAUCUUGGAGAAAGAUGCUGGGACACUGCUUCCGUAUUUACCUUUGAACGCUGCUGUGCUUUGGCAGCCGAUUCCGACAAUCAGCGCCACAUUCCGUACUGGCACUCCAAGCAGGUGCUCAUCAAGCUUCAGGAUGACUUCGCCACCUUCAAAGAAGGAGGCCAGACCCUGAGGCUUCACCAAGACGUACCUGGCACCUUUGAAGGCGAAUGGCAGAUCUACGAGCCGCAGAGGGUGCCUUUGGUGUUGUGGGAAUCUGGCUACCUGAUGAUGCGCUGGAUGGAGAACAAAGCCAUUGCUGCUGGUGGUUUGAGAGACCAACGUGUUCUCGAGCUGGGUGCAGGCAUUGGUCUUGCUGCCAUUACAGCAGCUCUUGGAGGGGCGCAUGUUCUGGCUACAGAUGGCUCUGGUGAUGCAGUUCAGCUGAUGAAGAGGAACAUCCAAGCAAAUCUUGACAGAGAGCAGGCGACCAGAAUUCGACCAAUACGGUUGGACUGGACAACAAUCAUUGUGCAAGGUGCGGAUAUGGAGCCCGGGCCAAAGAAAGAAGCAGCUAUGCGCAGGCUUAUGGAAGCCGGAGUGUCAGGGCCCUUUGAUAUUGUCGUGUGUGCAGCUCUCGGGUAUGUACAGAUCCAGGUAUUUCAUGCAUUGCUGGGUAUCCUCGAUUUGGUCACAAACAAGGAGACCAUCGUGUUUUGGGGCGCCGGCAAGGACAGUACCAUCAACUUGAACAAGUCUUGGAACCGUGAUGAGAUGUCCGUGGAAAUGGACAAGGCCUUCAUGAUUUUGAGCGAAGCGGGAUCUAAUCGCCCUGCCCAUCUUAAUCUGUACGAGCUGCGCCGCCGAGCUACAUGGGAAGGAGCCCCGGUAUUCAGGAUUCAAAAUGCUCGCAGUCUCGCGAGUGAAGCUGGCAACGCUGUCCCACAAAUUGCUUACAGAAGAUGCAUGUGGCUUCAUAAAUUCUUCAUCGUCGGUCCCAGCGUACGUAUCCAUAAAUCUCAGGGCUCAGGUGAAGUGACAUGUUGA